AUGGAGGGCUCAUCGCAGAAUGGGCCUGGCGGGGUCAACGGCGACAGUUCAAUGACCAGAGCAGAGAGAUUUGAGAACGAGAAACGGAGGAUUAUUGAGACCUGCUUUGGAAAGAAGGACGAGGAUGGAUCCUUGCUGGAAUCAUAUAUCACCCAUAUAAGAAUCACAGAAGAUGCCGCUUACCCUUCGUCACCGCCCCCUCUCAAUUCCAAUCCAGAGACCAAGAAGCCUCGACUUGUAAUUGUCGCUGUGCGGAAAUCCGGGCGCGUGCGCAUGCACAAGGCAAGGGAGAAUGCCAACGGAAGUUUUUCGAUAGGCAAGACGUGGAUGCUGGAUGACCUGACAGCUGUGAAGUCCUACAGUGGGUCAACUCCUUCCAACCUGGAAGAGGAGCAGCACAAACAAUGGGCAGGAGGAACCGGGUUUGUCGUAACUAUCGGCAAGCCAUACUACUGGCAGGCAAACACCCAGAAGGAAAAGCAAUUCUUCAUUGCAAGCCUCGUCAAAAUAUACACCAAGUAUACUGGGGGAAAGACACCUGAGCUUGUUGGGUUUGAUCCAAGGGAGCGGGACCAGUUGCUCGGGGUUUCUGCCGCUGCCGCUGGUACUCGACCUUCGCCCCCUUCGCUGCCGCCCGCCGGGGGCCAAGGUCCAAGGCCACCAUAUGGCCAGGCUCAGAAUCGUCCACUGAGGCCUGAGCCGCCGCAGGAACGGGCUCUUAGACCUGAGAAAUCACAAGAUCGAGUUCUUAGACCAGAACCAUCACAGGAGCGGGUGCUACGGCCACAGCCUAGUCGAGAUGCCGUGCAACGCCCACAGGGUCGAAUGCCGCCUCCAGGUGGAUCUACUGGUGGGUCCUUCAAUUCGCAAUCAUCGCGGCCAGACAUUCGAAGUCGCUCCCCAAGUAGUAGCAUGGAGUCUGGUGGCCCUGGCCCGCAGCAAGCCCUGCCGCCCUUGCGGAGAUUCCCAGGUCCUAAUCAAAGCCCGGAAUCAUUCGGAAGAGGGGAUGACAGUCGAAGAGUUCCCAGCGCUACUCAAAGCCCCGAGCUAUUUGGAAGGAACGGUGAUACUCCAAAUAUUCCCCCACGCUCGCGUGGUGGAUCUAAUGGCACCCCAAACGCACCUGGCAGGUUUCCAGACCGCAGCAUCACACCCAACUCGCAACGUGCAAUCACGCCUGACAAUGGUAUGUUUGGCACUAAAGACACAUUGAAUGAUGCUCCACCAAUACCUGCACCUCUGGCAUUGCCGCCGGAACGGCGCAGACCUGCCCUAUCAAACAUUAACGACUCAUCACGUCAACGUGGUUUAAAUAUUCCGGAUGAGAGCAUUAUCCCUGCGCCAUUAGCAAGCCCCGGAAUGCGCAGAGACAGAGAAAGAGACGAAUUGCGUCCUCCAGCACGCAACAGUGAGCGAACAACCCCCCGUGAACGCGACGCCAACUUCCACAUGACCAGCAUUCAGCCAAGUAUAGACGCCACUAUCAAGUCGGAGACACCUAGGAAGCUGUCAGGAGAUACAGGUCGGAGUGAAUCAAUGAAAAGCUCAAGCAGCAUCCCCGCCGUGGUAUCGGCCCAGCCACCGGCUGCCACACCCGAGCCACCGGUACCUGUGGUGCCACAGAUGCCACCAGAGCCAGAGGAGCCAGAUGAGGAAUCGCGUCCUGGGCUAGGUCCUAUGAUCAAGAAGAAGUCUAAGGGCGACAUUGCCAACACAUUCCUCAAAGCCGCAAAGACCACUAACGCUUUAAAUGCUUUCAAGGCCCGUGCCGGAGGGGCUGCUGAGCGCCUCCGAGAGAUGCAGGCAAAGUCUCCAGAGGGCCCAGAUGGUAUUAGUGGGGUUGUGCCAGCGCCUUCAUUAGUCCGCGGCAUGAGUGGUGGGGAUAGCACGGCUGCUGCAACUCCUUCUACGCCUGCUCCGGACAAGGCCCCUCCACCAAAGCAAGCCGACAGCAUCCCAGAGGUUAAGAUAACAGUUCCCCAAUCAUCAAGCGCCUCUAAGAGCGCAGAGAUCCCACUACAACCACCACAGGACAAUGCUGUAUCAGACAAAUCAAAGGCGCGCGAAGUUAGGCGGCCAAAGCCAGUUUCCGAAACCAUGCAGAAGGAGCUUGCGUCUUUGGGAGUUGACCCAAGUGUCCUAGGCGGUAGAGGAAGCGAAGUAGUCGAUUUCUGGGAACAAUUUGGUUGGGUAGGGGACGGAAUCAGGACUAAGAACAUCGACCAGAUGCAGGAGGAAAUUGAGCGCGAGCUUAACAAGGUCCAAGCCGGAGGUUGGUUGGCUAAAUUAGAUGAAGAGGAUGACAGGAUCGAGGCGGUCAAGUCUGGACUGGAUAAGUGCAUUGAGGAAUGUGACGAGCUUGAUGGCUUGCUAACACUAUACUCUGUGGAGCUGAGUACUCUUAAUGAGGACAUUGCCUAUAUCGAAGCACAAUCGCAAGGCUUGCAAGUUCAAACCGCCAACCAGAAACUUCUACAAGCCGAACUCACAUCACUCCUUGAUACAAUAUCAAUCUCCUCAGACCAGCUGGGGAGCCUUCGCGAAGCCUCUCUGGAAUCCCCGCAGGGCCUUGAGCAAAUUGAGACUUCCCUGGUCACAUUAUUCAAAGCCAUGCUUACCAUAGAUCCUUCACUCGGUUCGUCAGGUCCCCGACCCAGUGAAGAUGGCAGUCUAGGUUCUGGCAAACCAGGUGGGAUCGGCAGUUCCGAGAUUGGAAGCAUGCGUGUUCUUCAAGAAAAGAAGGAUGUGUACAGGGACGAAAGUGCAAUGUUCCUUCGUCGGCUGAAACCAUUCUUACAAGUUAAAUUUGGCGCUGCCAUUGAUGAAACAAGGAAAGCUCUGGAGCGUGAGAAAGGAAGUAACCUCACUAGAGCGGCAGGCAAAGUUAAACUUGAUCCCCGGAAUCAUGAUCUGUCUCGCGAGAUUCUUUGGAGAUACAGCCCCCUUAUGCUGUUUUCAAGGGAGGCAGAUAAACCAGAAUGGGAGGAUCUAAUUAAGACCUACGAAAUGGUUUCCCGUCCUCUUUAUCAAGAUGAGUUCAGAGACGCAGUAUUUUCCUGGAAGCGCAUUGCAAAGAAGCCUACUGGAGAUGAAGCCGAGAUCUUGUUCACGUCCCAGAUCGAGAAGCAGGCUGAAGGCAUUGCAACUACUGCUAGGAAGCUGACUGUGAAGAGAAGUCAGACUCUGGCAAAGAGUCUACGUUCACCUAUCGGCGACAAUACCAGCAAGACCGCUAUUGAUAAAGCCCCUGAUGGCCGUCUCCAGCCAUACGAGGUAUUCGUGGGAACUCUCGACGAAAUGGUACCCAUAAUGAGCAUGGAACAAAAUUUCGUCGUCGAGUUCUUCCAUAUUACAUCCCUUGAACAGUCUGACUUCCCAGAUGCAGUUGCCGCUGCACCGCCAGAUAAGCGACGUGGCCCGGAUUUGAGACGACCACGGGUAAUGGAUCCAGAUAGGGAUUUGGCGAAGCUAGUUGUUCAGUCAAUGGAGGAGAUCUACUCCUUUUUCGCUGGUGAUAUGCAGGCACUUGUAGACUGGGCUCUUCAAGCAGAUCCAAUGCAAGGCAUAGGUCUCAUUGCUGCUAUUGAGCGCAAACUCACCGAUCUAGAAGAAUCCAGUCAAGAGUAUCUCACAAGAACCCUCCAGAAGCUACACACCAGGAUUCUGGGCCUUUUCAACAAACUUCUUGAUGAGCAGAUCCGCGCGAUUGAAGACACCAAAGUAAAAAUCAAGAAGCGGAAGGGAGUCAUUGGAUUCAUCCGUAUCUUCCCUUCAUUCUCCUUGGCGGUGGAGACUAUGCUUGUGUCAGCAAAUGGCUUGGAGAUUCGGGAGACUGUCAAUCACGCAUAUACCCGUAUAAACAAGACAAUGUUCGAGUCUCUCAAAGUCAUCGCAAGAGAAAAUCCUGGUGCCCAGACUGCAGGUGCCGAUCCCGAAGACAAAGAAGCGCUCAACUAUCAGAUCCUUCUCAUUGAGAACAUGAACCAUUAUCUCGAGGAAGUGGAUACUCGCGGGAACCCCGUUCUUGAGGAUUGGAAGCAAAAUGCGGCGCAAGAAAUGGAGGAGCACAUGUCACUUUACCUAGGCGCCGUGAUCCGUAGACCAUUGGGCAAGCUUCUCGACUUCUUGGAGAGUACAGAAAGCCUUAUGGUCUCCCAACAAGCAGGAGAACCAGCAUCUAAGAUCGCUUCAAUGCCAAGCCAUUCAAAGUCGACAUUUAAGAAGAUCCUUGCAGGUUACGACUCUAAGGAGAUCAAGCGAGGCAUCGAAACCCUGAAGAAGCGAGUAGAGAAGCACUUCGGAGAUGCAGAUGACCCAGGACUUAGUCGUGCAUUGGUGGCAAAGGUCAUCCAGAACUGCGAGAAGUAUUACGAGAACGUUGGGGACCGGAUCUUGACAAUUAGCAGAGAUGUGUAUGAUGGCGACGUGAUUUCGGAGUGGACCAAGGCGGAUGUCUCGACAGCUUUCAGAAAAUAA